GUUUCAUGUUGCGACUGGCAUCGCUGAACAGCAGUAUUGUUUAAUAUAAUUAUCUUUUCCUAUUUCUCGAUUACCUGCGGACUGACACCAUCAUUGGAAAGUUCUUGUCGCCAUCGCUUUCUGCCUAUUAUUGACGGAUCAACGGCCCACUCUAGUCAGCUACUCAAACCUACCUACCGCACGCAACCACAUCCCCCAUGUCCUUAUUCGGAACAUCUCCAGAGGACUCCUCUGGCACUGGAUUCGGCCAGGGAAGAUCAUCUCUUUUCUCUGACGAGUCAGGCACUGGUGCCAAUGCAUCAUCCUCCCUCUUCGCCGACGACGAUUUCGGAUCGAAGUCGCUAUGGAGCAGCAGUAAUACCAAACGAGCAGCUAGACAUAAGCUUGUGAAGACUUUACUCGCGGAUACGGAUGUUCCUGAUAGCUAUAUCGAUACCUACGAUCUGGUGCUGAGCGCCGGAAAUGGGGUUGGGUCUGGUAUUGGGUUGACGGCGGUGCGGGAGAUACUCGCGGGCAGUGGACUGAAUGCAACGGAUCAGGCUAAGAUACUGAAUCUCAUUGUACCCUCGGAGAGCAGUCACUCGGAUAAUCUGGGACGGCCCGAGUUCAAUGUUCUGUUGGCUCUCAUAGGCCUUGCGAGGGAAGGCGAGGACAUUACGUUCGAUGCGGUGGAUGAACGGCGCAAAAACCUGCCAGAGCCGAAGAGCUCCUACUUUGAUCGAUUGAGAGCAAAUGACGGAUCUGCUCCAUCGCAAGAACGACCGACUACGCCUUCUACUCGUGCGGAUCCCGUACAAGAGCCGAGCUCAGACCAGUCUCGAUUUUCGAGGAGAGACUCCAUGGGCGGUCUGGAGUCCGAUCCAUGGGGUAGCCCACAACGAACUCGUGACGGAGCUGGACCGGCGUUAAAUGGCUACGGGAGCAUGCGGUCGACCAUGAAUGCUUGGUCUAGCAGACUUCCCGAAGAGAAUAACGAGAGCGAGGUACCAAAUGGACAUGUUGCAGGUAACGUCACGGCUGGUACUGUGUCGUCUACCGUGGACUCGGGCUGGGGUGAUUACAGCAAUACGUCUACUAGCGCGUUUGAGGCCCCAGACCGAACUGGGUUUGGAGGUUUCGGUCCUCCAGGAGAUGACCAGGGCGAUAGCACUUCUCAGGCACAGCCACUGGGCACGGGGAGAACCACGGGUCCCCAGCCGGUGGAAGAAAUAAAGGUGACGUUGCUGCCCGAGAAAGAGGGUGUCUUUCUGUUUCAGCAUCGAAAUUACGAGGUAAAAUGGACCCGGAGAGGCAGCACUGUCGUUCGACGGUACAGCGAUUUUGUCUGGCUGUUGGAUUGUCUACAUAAACGAUACCCGUUCCGACAGCUCCCACUUCUUCCACCAAAAAGAGUUUCAGUCAAUGGCACUCACCUCGCAGCUGAUUCCAACUCAUUCCUCGAGAAGCGCCGUCGGGGCCUCGUCCGUUUCGUCAAUGCCCUCGCCCGCCAUCCCGUGCUCAGUCAGGAACAACUCGUCGUGAUGUUCUUAACGGUCCCUACAGAACUGUCGGUAUGGCGCAAGCAAGCGACGGUGUCCGUCCAGGAUGAAUUCACGGGAAGAGUCCUCCCUCCAGAACUGGAAGACUCUCUGCCGUCGAAUCUAUCAGACACUCUGGAUACCGUCCGCAAUGGAGUUAAACGCUCUGCAGAGAUCUACAUCAAUCUGUGCAUGUUACUGGAGCGUCUAUCCAAGCGAAACGAGGGGUUGGCGGCAGACAAUUUGCGAUUCUCCUUGGCACUGCAAUCAUUGACGGAGGUUACGCGGGACACGUAUGCCAUUGACACGAACGAUGUUCCUAUGCUCAACGAGGGUAUCAGUUGCACGGCGAAGCAUCUCGCCACCAGCCAAACUCUGCUGGAAGAUGAGGCGCAGGCAUGGAAUGAAGGCGUGUUGGAAGACCUGAAGCUCCAGAGAGACUGGCUGGUUAGCAUGCGCGAACUGUUUGACCGGAGGGAUCGAUAUGCGAAGAACAACAUCCCUCAGCUUGAGCGACGGAUUGAGAAUAAUGAGAAAAAGCUGCAGGAUCUGAGAGCGCGGCCGGAGGGUACUGUCAAGCCAGGAGAUAUUGAGAAAGUGGAGGAGGCGAUUUUCAAAGUACGUAAUCUCUGUUUGCAUGGCCAUGGUGAACGUACUAACGGGAAAACUAGGCCAAGGAGUCCAUCGUGCAACAACAUGCGCGAGGUGUGUUUAUCAAGGAAUGCAUGCUCCAGGAACUUAUCUACUUCCAACAGAGCCAGUACCAGAUUAGCCAUCUCCACCAGGACUGGAGCCAAGAGCGCGUGAAGUACGCGGAGCUGCAGGCAGACAACUGGCGGCGCCUGGCGGAUGCAGUGGAAGGCAUGCCGACCGGGAGUGAGUGAUGGGACCAAGAAUCUUUCUGGAAGUGAUAUUUCCUGUCCAUUUUGCUAUAUGCAUUUUGCGUUCAUUGGGUCUCCUGGUCUUUUUGGAUGAUGGCGGAUCGUCCAGUUGACAUUGCCAGUUUGCUGUUUUUGACUCUUGGAUGAUGCUUUAGCCGGCCGUUUCACCAUCGAUCUCUUUUCUUUUGCUCGAGUACAUAAUUUGCUAGAGAGUAUUUAACAGCGUAUACUUACAGGUUGUUGUCAGCGAGAUUCGCAUCGGAGUAGCGGACGAUGUGAGGUGCCGACCAUGACGUCAAUGCUGGUGGAAACGGGCAAGCGCUGCUCCACACUGCAGUGCGAC